AUGUCAGAUACACAAUCCAGAGUUGAUUCGUGGAAUGAAAGAAUUUCUAAACUUGAAGAAGCAAAUAAUGAUCAUUUAGUCAGAAUUAAAAAGCCGGAAGAUGCAGAUAAUGAUCUUUUAACCAGAAUUAAAAAGCUGGAACAGGAUGUAACGGCUCAGCAUCGGCUUCAUAGCACUAGCUGGUAUAAAGAUGUCAAAAAACUCGAGGAUAUUGUUAAUCGUGAUCGGAAAAGAAGAUGCAUAUGUCAAGAUAACGGAAUUUUUCUUCUUGAGGUAUGGUAUGAUGAAAAUCCAGAAAUUGUUAUUCCGGAAAGGAUACAAAAAAUCAAGGAUUUCGUCGUGACCUCAUCUAAUUACACAGCUCAUAUCACUAAUUCGAAUAUCUCUGAUGAUGAUGAUGAGACGAACGAUAUGAGUGUAGUAUAA